AUGUUCUUCUUUGUCACUAAAAACCGAAAAAUGUGCUACCACAGAGGGACAACAAAAGCCUCCUAUGAAAGUCCUACCGAAAGCAUCCUGUUAAAAGUGGCUGAAACCAUCAAAAGUUGGAUUUUUUUUCCUCAGUGCAAUAAGAAAGAUGACUUACUUCACAAAUUGGAUACUGGAUUCCGACUCGACUUACUGCAUACCAUCCUGCAACAGGAAGUCCUGUUACAAGAGGAUGUAGAACUAAUUGAGCUACUUGAUCCCAGUAUCCUGUCUGCAGGGCAACCUCAACAACAGGAAAAUGGACACCUUCCAACACUCUGCUCCCUGGCAACCCCUAAUGUUUGGGAUGUCUCAAUGCUAUUUGCCUUCAUUAGUUUGCUGAUUAUGCUUCCUACUUGGUGGAUUGUAUCUUCUUGGAUGGUAUGGGGAGUGGUUCUAUUUCUUUAUUUAAUCAUACGAGCAUUGAGAUUAUGGAGGACAGCCAAACUACAUAUGACCCUAAAAAAAUACAGUGUCCGUCUGGAAGAUAUGGCAGCAAAUAGCCGAGCAUUUACUAAUCUUGUGAGAAAAGCUUUACGUCUCAUUCAAGAAACUGAAGUCAUUUCCAGAGGAUUUACACUGGUCAGUGCUGCUUGCUCAUUUAAUAAAGCUGGACAGCAUCCCAGUCAGCAUCUCAUCGGUCUUCGGAAAGCUGUUUACAGAACUGUAAGAGCCAACUUUCAAGCAGCAAGGCUAGCUACCCUAUAUAUGCUGAAAAACUACCCCCUGAACUCUGAGAGUGACAAUGUUACCAACUACAUCUGUGUGGUGCCUUUUAAGGAGCUGGGCCUUGGUCUUAGUGAAGAGCAGAUUUCAGAAGAGGAAGCACAUAACCUUACAGAUGGCUUCAGCCUACCUGCAUUAAAGGUGUUGUUUCAACUCUGGGUGGCACAGAGUUCAGAGUUCUUCAGACGGUUAGCCCUGUUGCUUUCUUCAGCCAAUUCACCUCCAGGGCCCUUACUUUCUCCAGCACUCUUGCCUCAUCGUAUUCUGUCUGAUGUGAUUCAAGGUCUACCUCAUGCUCAUUCUGCCUGUUUAGAAGAGCUUAAACGCAGCUAUGAGUUCUACCGGUACUUUGAAACCCAGCACCAGUCAGUACCCCAGCGUAAAACUCAGCAGAAGUCAAAAGAACUAAAUAAUGUUCACACAGCAGUGCGCAGCUUGCAACUCCAUCUGAAAGCAUUACUGAAUGAGGUUAUAAUUCUUGAAGAUGAACUUGAAAAGCUUGUUUGUACUAAAGAAACACAAGAACUAGUGUCAGAAGCUUAUCAAAUCCUAGAACAGAAGUUAAAGUUGAUUGAGCCCCAUGUUCAAGCAAGCAACAAUUGCUGGGAAGAAGCCAUUUCUCAGGUGGACAAACUGCUACGGAGAAAUACAGAUAAAAAAGGAAAGCCUGAAGUAGCCUGUGAAAACCCACAUUGUACUGUAGUACCUUUGAUGCAGCCUACUCUACACAUUGCAGACAAAGAUCCAAUCCCCGAGGAGCAGGAAUUAGAAGCUUAUGUAGAUGAUAUAGAUAUGGACAGUGAUUUCAGAAAAGAUGAUUUUUAUUACUUGUCUCAAGAAGACAAAGAGAGACAGAAGCGUGAGCAGGAAGAAUCCAAGAGGGUACUGCAAGAAUUAAAAUCUGUGCUUGGAUUUAAAGCUUCGGAGGCAGAAAGGCAGAAAUGGAAGCAACUUCUCUUUAGCGAUCAUGCUGUGUUGAAAUCCUUGUCUCCUGUAGACCCAGUGGAACCCAUAAGUAAUUCAGAACCAUCAGUGAAUUCAGAUAUGGGAAAAGUCAGUAAAAAUGAUACUGAAGAGGAAAAUAGUAUUAAGCCCUCCACAAAUGACAAUGAAAUAAGUAGGACUGAGUAUUUAUGUGAGAAUCAACGAGAGGAUAAAAAUAAAGACAAUUCUGCAAAUGAAGUCUUCCUCCAAGGGCCUGAAGAAGCAAUGUGCUACCAGUGUGAGAGUGAGGAUGAAUCUCCACAGGCCGUUGGAGGUGGCCUGGCCACUGUCUCUCCAACUCCCAGGGACUCCUUGCAGCCCUCCAUCAAGCAGAGGUUGGCACAGCUCCAGCUGUCACCAGAAUUUACCUUCACUGCUGGCCUCGCAGCAGAAGUGGCUGCUAGGUCUCUCUCCUUCACCACCAUGCAGGAACAGACUUUUGGUGAUGAGGAGGAAGAACAAAUGAUAGAAGAAAAUGAAAACGAGGUAGAGGAAAGUAAGAACCAAGAUCAAUGAAAUGAUUUUAGAUUGUUCCUUUUACAAAAGUGUUUUAGCUUCAGGACUGGAAAGGGAAGAUAAGUGUAAGUUUACUAUCUAUAAAGUUAAGAUGUGAAUUUCUAGGAAGAAACCUGGUUUGAACAACUGUCUCAGAUUAAUAGUUACCUGUAAGUGACAGAUUUUUUAGGAAAAUAAGAGAAAGGUAAGGGCUCUUUAAAAUAAACUGCUGCUUUAUUUGUGGCCCAACUGAUAAUCUUGGUAAUUAUUUAAGUACUUUUAAUAAGAAAUGAAUUUAUCAUUUCUUGCCAGAAUUUGCUACCAUAAGGUGACUAGGUUAAUUCUCUUGCAAGAACAUUAACAUUUAGUAUGACUCCUUUUUACUGUAUCUUUGCAGUUAGUAACUGCAGCUAUUAUGUUAAUAACGAGUUGUUUGUAUUUUAUUUUUGUUUAUACCAGUCUUAAAAAAAAGAUACAGGUUCUGAAUAAAAAAAAAUUUAAUUCAUACAAUUGAUGUGUGCUGGGGUUUGGAACUUAAAAGUAGUUUCAAAAAUAGUUGGGUUAUGACAUAAUUCUUAUUGUUCGUGUAAAUAUUCAGUAGUUAAUUUUAAGAUGUUCCUAAUAGUCUUUAAAAGGAAAACAUACUAGGUCAAGAAAAACCCUUUCAACUUUUUUCUUUUGUUAUUACUUUUUCCUUCCUUUGUUAUUACUUUCCUUGUCAAAAGUGGGAUCCCUAUAGUAAAAAACCCCACCCCCAACUUAGCAUAAUGUUCUUUGUAUCAGUUUGCCUCAAGAUAAUUGUGCACCAUUACCACAAGUAGGUCCAGUGCUACAAUUUUCUAGCCUGUGAGCCUGUGAGACUCAGGAAACCUGUCAGCUUCCUGGAAAGAAACCUUGUCUUCCUAGUCUUCAUUUGCAAGCUACCUCUUAGAAGAGACUGCUUUUCAAAGUGGCCAAUCUCGUGUGUUGUGAUUCCAUUGUUGAAGACUGGUAUUUUUUGGAGUAUACUGUUUUUGAAACCUGUAACUCCUGUACCUGACAUAGUUUAUAGAUAUUAUUUAGGGAAAAUGUAAGAAUAACUCAACUUACGCUGUUAUACUACAGGGAAAUUACAUGAUGAAUCUAGAUUAUCUUUAGAUAAUCUAGAAAUACAUUUAAAUUAUGUCACUUAGCACUUACAGUGAGUAAAUUUACUUAUACUCAGAAUUGUUUAUUUUUUUUAUAACUUUUUUUUUAAUCCUGAGGAAAAACUUGGUUUAGCUUUAUAUGACUAGUAGACAUCCUUUGUACCAUAAGUGAUUUUUGCCUUUUGCCAAAAUUUUGGGACUUAUCGUAAUAAACCUCUUCAGAGUAAUACCUUAGGUUGGACCUAGUUAUACUAAAUUUGAAGGAAAAAAGAAUCUUCUUGUGUUGUUACUGACUUCUGUGUUCCUAAGUAAUAAAUAAUACCUAUACUUUCUGGUUUAAAU